AGCUCAAGCCUACACCAACCGAUCAUUUUCGGUUUUACCGAGCUGACAAGUAUGGGUCACGUUGAUACCGAGUGCAGAAGUUGGUUUUCUCCCGUCCUCUCCCCGAAAAAAGUGAUCCAUCGUUCCAGAAGUGUCAUAUGAGUCGUGCGGGAAUGAAGAAAAUGAUCGUACGUGCUUGGCACGCUCCGAGAGGCGCGUCGAGCUUCGUUCAGUGGCACUACAGCCGACGCUGCUACGCGUCGGCCAGCGUUUGGGCAUCGACGAAAACGACCGACUGGAACCGCGCCGUGUCGAAUGCGGAGAAGAUUGUCGGUUACCCAACGUCCUACUUCAGCCUCAGAUGCCUCCUCAAUGACGAGACGUCCAACAUCGCCUUCCACGUCCGUAAACUGAUCGGCACGAAUCACCCCGUCUUAAAGACGGCCAAGCGGCUGAUCUACAAUGGCCGCACCAACAUCCAGACAAGGGGCCUGAUCGUGCUGCUGCUGUCCAAAGCAGCGGGGCACCCGACCUGCCGACAAGACUGCCUCGAAGAGGAGCGGGUGGCGGGCAUCACCCAGCGGCAGCGGUCCCUCGCAGAAAUCACCGAGAUGAUCCACACGGCCCACCUGAUCCACCGGGGCGUCCUCAACCUGUCCAACGACCAGUUCCCAGAUGCCACCACCCUGAGGGACCUCCAGUUUGGCAACAAGAUCUCCGUCCUCACCGGGGAUUACCUGAUUGCAAACGCCAGCAAAUCUCUCACUGACCUCAAGAACUGCAAGGUGGUGGACCUGGUGGCCACAGCCAUCGGAGACUUCAUGCAGUCCGAGUUCCUGGGGGACCACGACCAGCAGGGCAACCCGAUCCCAGUGGCAGGCAUGACCAUCGGCCACUGGGAAGAGAAGCACUACCUCUCCACGGGGUCCCUCAUGUCCAACAGCUGCCAGGCCACGCUCGAGCUGGCCAGCCACGACGACCAGCUGCAGGAGCUCGGCUUCGAGUUCGGCAAGAGCAUCGGCCUGGCCUGGCAGGUCCACUCGGACCUGCAGCCGUUUGUGGACACAUACAGACACCCGCCCGGCAUUCCUUUUGUGCUCACGUCGGCACCCGUGGUGCUGCACUUGGAGGACGACGCCAGCUUGGUGGAAGAAAUCCGGAGGCACACGAGCAACGUUGAGAAAUUGGACUACCUCAAGCUGCACAGCAUCAUUGUGAACGGAGAGGGCAUCGAGAAGGCCAAGGCCCUGCUGGAGUCGUACACUUCGAGAGCCCUGGCCGUCCUCGACCAGAUCCCGCCUUCGGAGGCCACUGCCGCACUGCGCAACAUCGUGCAGGCGCUCCGCGAGUGAGCCGCCUCCGUACCGUGCCUUGGCCAACCCCGCGCAAGACCAAGCGGCUCGUGGAGCAACCAACGAGCGGCCAGUUCGCACACUUGCGACCGCUCACGGCCGCUUACGACCGCGCGCUUUAAAACCUCCCGUAGAGGGCACCAGGAUGCCAGUGUGUUCUCCGUCGUAAGGGAUCGCGAGAACUCGGUCGUAAGCAAACGCGAGUGCGCGAACAGGCCUUGACCAUCUCGGAUUCGGUCGGCUCGCCACUCGUCGACGGCUGCCACGAAGCCGCGGGGCGCAAUAAAUUAUUUUUAAGCGAGCGA